CUCCCGUCCUUACCUCUCAUAUUCUGCUGGUAACAAAGGCGAGACAACAAGAGAGGGGUGAUGGGUGCUCAGGCAGCAAGCCUGUCAACAAUGAACUGAACUGGUUUUGUUUUUAUUGGGUAUUUGUUGCUAACAGCCUGUCUAACUGCCGAUUUAUUUCUUCUCGUGCGCGAGCGCAGUUUAAAGUUCAUUGAUGUAGGUGAGCUGUGGACAGGUUUUUAAUCCCGAAGCUUUCGAUUUUCUUACAAAACAUAAGCAGAGUAUUGCGGACUUCGAGCACUAAAGCCGAAUGACUGAGGGGAAACAUUUAGACCCGUCUUCAACAACACUGGAGAUGAUGACACGCUCACAUUAACAUUCACCAAAGCCUGGCCUUUGAUAGGUCAGGGCGGGGAGUGAAGCACAUCAGAAGAGACGACGUCCUUCCUGCCACCAUGUCCGUCCAGGAACCACCGACAUCCACUUCACCCUUCAAACCCGAGGCCAAGCCAAGGCCGGAGAUUCCUCCAAAACCACAAUGCAGUUCCCCUCCUCUGGGAGAGAGGGACAGCAAUGUCAGACGCUCUGGAGGGAAGGUCAAGAGGAUUGUGAACCAGUUCAGCAAGCAGGAGUCCACUGAAAGGUUGGAACCGGCCACCAAUGGUACUGCAGAAGUCAAGCCAGUUAGACAGGCCAAGAGACCUCCUACGAUAAAGCCCAAACCCAGGGUGAGACUGCAGGUUCAGAAGGAGGCAGAGCAGGCAGCGCCGCCGCUCCCAAAGAAGAGGAGCCGCUUGGCGAAGAAACAGAAGGAGCUUGGGGGAGGAGAGGAGGGGGACAGAAGCAGCGUGGAAGGAGGCCGAUCAGAGCCUGAUGGAAAGGAGGUUGAGGUUGAGCUUACUGGAGGAGGUAAAGUGGAGGCGGAGCACAGUCAUGACACGCCUGUCAGCCCAUGCUGCGCCCCAAACUGCAGCUGCAUCUGCCACCUCCAGCGGCCUGGCAUGAAACUAAUAUGGGUGCCCGUGAACGUGGAAGAUGUUGGGGAGGAGGGUGGAGAGGACGAUGAGAUUGAUGGGGUAGAGCAGAGGGCGGAGGAUGAGGAAGACUGGGAAGAUGAGGAAGUAGAGUUUGGGGAUGAAGGGCACAGUGAGGCAGAGGACACGGAGGACACUUUUGCGAUUGAGGAGGAUGAGGCGUUGAAAAAAGAAAAAGCAAAGUUCCACGAGUCGUUGAGUGUUUUGAUUGCGGACAACCAGAGGAGGCGUUCGGACCCGGGUCCUCCCUUCAUUCUUACAUCCCUUGCUAUCACUCGCUCCGGGUCUCCCCCCAUUCCCCCAAAACGUAUGCAGUCACCGCAAAUUCAGCUCGGAAGUGCCCAAAAUGAAGAAGAGAAUAUUUACGAGGCCACGCUUCCAUUGAUUUACCCCACUCCUAAAAACAACGCAGUUGAGUGUAAGGAGCUGGAUAUUCCUCUAAUCAAAGUGUGCAAACUAGGCCGUCGGUCCAAACUGACCAACAGUCUGUCAGAUCCCACGUCUGAAUUUCAGAAAGAGGGAGAAACCAUACUGAGCCCAAACGAAGUUCCGCCUGCUAUCCCCCCGAGGAUCCCUUUGAACCAGGACAGUCGCAGCCAAACAAUACCCAGGGGCGGCAUUCCUCUUCCCAUGCCCACACCGGAGGAGGGUCAUUUGUUGCGACCCUCCUCCCCCAGUGGCUCCGCCACAACUGGACUGAGCCCUCAGCGCGCCCGCACUCCACCUCCGCACAGUUCCCUCCAACCUCAGAGACCCGCACCGCCACCACCAAAGGCAGAUCCUAGGAGGCUCAGCACUGCCUCACUGAAAAAAGGGGAGGAGAAUGGAGGGAAAGAGGAAGAGAAGGAGGACACAAGCGAAGAAAAGAGGAAUUCUAUCGGGAGGAAGAUUGGGUUCAUUUUCGACGCUCGUCUGCAGGAUGAACCUCUCUACCAGACGUACCGGGCUUCUGUCAUUACAAAGGAGAUCCGGCGCCAGACAGUUUGCCGUAACAUCAGCAAAACUAGUGCGGACUAUGCUAUGGACCACCCCGGUCGUCGCCCUGGAAACGGGUUCGGGACUGGUAAUGGAGGACCGAGGGGCAGCCCGGUGCCCACACCGACUCAGAGCACUCUGUGGCAGGAACUCCCAAAUGUGCGGGACAGCGGGGUGCUGGAGAAUCUCAGCUCUGACCAGUGCAAGUACCAGGAGAGUAUGUUUGAGGUCCUGACAUCAGAGGCCUCUUACUUGCGAUCUCUUCAUGUUCUGACUGAACAUUUCAUGGAGAGCCGGGAGCUGGAAGAGACGAUGAUCAUCAGAGACAGGAAGACCCUCUUCUCCAACAUCCUGAGGAUCCGUGAGGUCAGCGAGAGAUUCUUGAAAGACUUGGAGGACCGCAUAUUUCAGGACGUGGUGUUCUCUGACAUUUGUGAUAUAAUCAACUACCAUGCCCAGCACAACUUCCCCGCCUACAUUGACUACGUACGCAACCAGAUCUACCAGGAAAAGAUGUUCACUGAGCUCAUGAAGAGCAACCUGCAGUUCAGUGCAGUCAUCACUCGUCUCCAAGAGUCGCCUCAGUGCCAGCGGCUGCCCUUCAUGUCUUUCUUGCUACUGCCCUUCCAGCGAAUAACACGCAUCAAAAUGCUCAUUGAGAACAUCCUGAAGAGAACAAAAGAGGGGACGAAAGAGGAGCAGACAGCCUCAAAGGCUUUGGCCUCUGUGUCCAAGAUCAUUGAUGUGUGUAACACAGAGGUGGGAAAGAUGAAACAGAUGGAGGAGCUGAUUCAUAUCUCUAAGACACUGGAGUUUGACAAGCUCAAGGCCAUCCCCAUCAUCUCCCAGACUCGAUAUCUGGAGAAAAAGGGAGAGCUCCAGGAAAUGUCCAAAGGAGCGACUCUCUUCAACAUGAGGGCAAAGUUCACUCCCGUCUACUUCUUCCUGUUCAACGACCUGCUCGUCAUCGCCGCCAAAAAGGGCGCGGAGCGUUUUGUGGUGCUCGACCAUGCCCAUCGCUCUCUGGUGCAAGUGCAGCCAAUAGAGGAAAGCGGGACCAGUGGGAGCCCCUUCGAACACUGCUUCAAUCUCACGCUGCUGGAAAACCACCAGGGACGCCUGUUUGAGCGGCUCAUCAAAGCUUCCUCUCAGUCAGACAUGGACAGGUGGAUGGCAGCUUUCCCCAACACCACCAACCAAGAGAGAGAUGAUAAUGAAGUGAUUUACGAGGACUGGGACUGUCCUCAGGUGCAGUGCGUGGAGCAGUACAUCGCCCAGCAAGCGGACGAGCUCAACCUGGAGCCCACUGAGAUCAUCAACGUCAUCCGCAAAACCAACGAGGGCUGGUACGAAGGAACCCGCCUGUCGGACGGUCAGAAGGGCUGGUUCCCCCUAGCGAAUGUCAUCGAGAUCACUAACGAACACGUGAGGAGGAGGAACCUCCGGGAGCGCUACAGAGUCAUGCAAGCAGCGACUUUGGUUGCAAACAGCAAGACCCGCACCCUUCAGUAGAUAUUUACAGUAAAUGACGUGGACACUUUUGAGAAAGACUCAAACAGUUACUCAGGGACUGUGCCACGUGAGCUGCCAGUUUCUAGCAAACAGGAAACGAAAGGUAAAAGCAGAAGGGUGACCACGACGAGACGGCGGACACACACUCGAGCUGCUGCAGCAUCUGCUACUUCAGCAGAAGAAACAGAAAGUAUGUGACAGCAGAGGAUUAGCUUACAUAUCUCCCUAACUGCAAGGAUCCACCUCUUCCUGUUUUCCGUGCAGCCCCAUGCCAACACCUCUUCACAGACUGCUGUGCCAAACUCACAUGCCAAUCAUUCACGGCAUUGCUCAAACGCUCGUACGCUCAGACAGGAGCUGGGUGUUGGCUGGAAACGUUGUUUAGUUGUCAAUACACAAAUAAUGCCCUGUUUUUUAGUGCUAUGUGACACUUGGUUGGCCAGAUUAGAGAACAGAAGGAGUCUUAAAAAAACACAAAAAAUCCCCAAAUGCAUCUCAGCUGAAAGAUUCAGCAGUGUUAACGUUUUAAAAUUUCACCAGAAAACAGACAUAAAAUCAGGAAGUGCCUUUUAAUUGAAAACAGAAGUACACAAUUGUGAAGUACGGAGUUUAUGCUUUCAGCAUGUGCAAACUGUGCUUGAACUUUAUGUUUUUUAUGUUUUUAGUAGUUGUGCUUUUGACUAGCUUGUUAGCUUGUCAGUACCCACUGUGGAGUGGUGCUGUAGCUCCCCCUGCAGGGCAUCAGAAAAUGGGGUCUGGUCUGUGGAAACACUCUAAAUGUAUAGUAUGUUGUAAAUUACAACAGGGUGAUUCUCCU